CUUUCUUGUUGAAGGCUCUUUAGUGAUAAUUCUCAUCAAACGAGUAAAUAAUGGGUUCUGUAAGACAAAGAAGGGCAAGAAAGACGAGUGUCCGCAAGGCAACAAGAAGAAACAAGGACAAACAGCGUAAAAUAAACGUCGCCUCAAAUCCAAUCAUCGCAGCCAAUUGGGAUUAUUCACAGACUCUUACACAGAACUACAAGAGAUUGGGAUUGACUGCCAGAUUAGGCUUGCCUUCUGGUGGUAAGGAGAAGAACUUGGAUGCACCUGUGUUGAAGAAGUCACUCGGAGUCAAAGAAGAUAUUGCAAAUGGUGAUGAUGUAGAUGAAUCAGAAUUAAAACCUGAGCACAUUCCAAAAGGUGAGGCUAGAAUCAUUAGAGACGAAGAUGGGAACGUUGUUAAAGUGAUAUACGGUACCAAGACCGCAUUGGACGAAGACUUAAAGCUUGUACAGGAACCUGAAGUUGAGCCUAAGACAAAGGUUGUCGAGCAGUUGGAACAUUAUGCCAAAUGUGGAGUUACAAAAAUUGAAAGAAUUCAAAGUGAUCGUGAAUCAGCAUGGAUUCAGGCACUCUACGAGAAACAUGGUGAUGACUAUGAAAAGAUGAAAUGGGAUAAGAAGCUGAACAUAUAUCAACAAAGUGCUGGUGAUUUGAAGAGAAGAAUUACCAAAUGGAAGAAGAAAAAUAAUAUUGUUGCACAUUAGUCUAGUAUAAAAAUCAUCUAAAGAGAGAGAAAGAACUAGUAGAGAAACUCAAAUCAUUCAACCUCUGCAAAUGCUCUAUAAGAUGUAAAGUCCUUGUCAUUGGUGGCAAGUUCAAUUUCGACAUUUGGUGCGAUGAAGUAGUUAAAUCCUGGCUCUGCAUCCAAUUCUUUACCUUGGAACUUGAUUAAACCUUUACCCUUUGU